CAUUUCCAGAUAUCCGCCACGUUGCCAAAUCGAAUGUCGUUCAACUCAUGUUAGUAUCUGGCAAAAAAAAAAUUUAUCAUUUAUGCAAUGCACGUUCUUUCGUAUGUCGAAAUAAUAGUGUUGUGUUGUCAGGAUAAAAUCAGUUAUGUUGAAUUUUAUUAAAAACACGAGGUGCCUGGGUUGGGCCUUCGUGAAAUAACACGAAUUAACUUAAACCAAACACGUUCAAAUAACAUCUCAUCGAAAAUUUCUUGGUUACUACAGAGAAUAUUAGCUGAUCUCAAUUGAACACAUCUUGAAACACAGAAAAUUGAAAGAGAACAAUUGAGAAAAAAGAUAAAGAUAGUAAUAUGCAGCGGAUGUGGUUUAUAGAAAACAAAGAAGAGGAGGAUAUCAAACGACUAGAGGCAACGUCUAAAGGUACUUCUAUCAACGUGACGUCUGAGGAUAUUUCAUCCACCAUGAAGGAUUUAAAGAGAGAUUGGGUUUUUAGAGUACAGGUACUGGGUUUGGAAAAAAAUGAAUGUUUAUAUGUCGUUGGAAAUUUACCUGAAUUAGGGGCAUGGAAUCAUAAUCAGGCAAUUCAAAUGUUCCAAGAGCACAAUGCUCAGGAUGCUUCAUUACUUUUUGAUAGUAAGAAUAAUACAACCGAGUGUUAUAGUAAUGAUAAACCAACAGAAGCAGGAGAUAAUAUUUAUCAUGAGAUAGAUAAAUAUAAAUAUUUCAGAAGACAGACGUUUUCUCAAAAGGUUGCAUUACCCGUUGAUGCAGAUGUGGAUUAUCGAUAUUUUAUUGCCGUUAUAUGUCAAUCCAAUGGUACUAAGAAUUCAGCAAAGACUCUUAUUAUUCGCAAGUGGGAAACACAUAUGAUAUCUCGUCACAUUAAGAAAAAUGUACCUAGUAACUUUGUGAAUGAUACCUUGCCAGAUCCAGAAAUAUUUGGUUGUCAUAAUGGUUAUUGUAAAGUUGAACGUGGUUGGCUUACGGAUGAAACUGUGAUACAAUUUAAAAUUUUUGAUAAUCCAAUUAAAUUAUGGAAACAUCGAUUGCAAAAUAGAAAAGUUAAUAUUAAGAUGACUCCAGUAAAUUUAGUUAGGCAACACUCUUUAGAAUUACAACAAUUUGGAAAUGAGUGUAUAGAUGAUAGUCUUUCUAUGGAUACACAAGACAUUAUUGAUCAACCUGCUUUUAGUAUUACAGAAAUUGCUGUGAUGAACGAUGAAGAAGCACACUUCAAAUGCCAGGAACAAUUUGGUCGAGCUUAUAAAGAAGACGAGUGUAUUAUCUUCAAUGUUGCUGUUCGUUAUCCUGAAACUGUUGCAUAUUUAGUGGACUACUACGUAUACAGUUCAAGGACUUUCCCAGGUGAACCACCAAAUCAUAUUGGAUUCAGUUACAUCUUACCUAGUACAUUGCAAUCCAGUGUUGGGAUCCUGACAGUGCCGAUUACUAGUACAAAACAUAGACCAAUUGGACAAUUAACAGUCGAAUAUGUUGUUAUAAAAUCAAUACCGAAUUAUCCAUGGGAUAUGAGUAUUUCAUAUGCAAAACAUUGGGAACAAAGAUGGUCUGGUUUGGAUGUUGGCCAUAGAGGACUUGGUACUUCAUUUAAAUUUGAAACAAAAAAUUGUGCUAACGUGAGAGAAAACACUAUAGCGUCUUUAAAAACUGCAGCAUAUCAUGGCGCUGAUAUGGUAGAAUUUGACGUUCAAUUAUCGAAAGAUUAUGUACCAGUUAUAUAUCAUGACUUUUAUGUAUCAAUUUCAUUAAAACGUAAAAAACAAAUAGAAGCAAUGGACACACUGGAGAUACCGGUUAAGGAUCUAACUUUAGAACAACUUCAUUUAUUGAAGGACCUUUAUUACCCGGGCGACUCGUUGGGUAAGGUGCUGUAUUUCGUUGAUAAAAGUGAGCAGGGGGUUAACCAACUGGUGUAUCAUGUCGCAGAAGGUCGAGAAAAAAUUCCUCGAUUUUUUGACGAAGAUUUGGAAGAUCAUCAACCCUUUCCUACACUUCAAAGUGUACUACUUGAGUUAGAGCCGCAUGUUGGAUGCAAUAUUGAAAUAAAAUGGACCAUGCAAUUAAAAGAUGGUACAUUUGAGCUUAAUCAUCCAUUUGAUCUAAAUAUGUAUCUGGAUACAAUAUUGAAAGUUGUUUUGGAAUAUGGGGACGACAGGAAAAUAGUUUUUUCAUCCUUCAAUCCUGAUAUUUGUGCUAUGAUACGUCUGAAACAGAACAAAUAUCCAGUUGUAUUUUUAACACAAGGGAUAACUUCGAAGUAUCCGACUUAUCAUGAUCCUAGAUGUCAAACAGUACCAAUGGCUAUAAGACACGCAUUGGCGGCAGAUAUUUUAGGAAUUAAUGUUCAUACCGAGGAUAUACUUAGAGAUCCUUCCCAGGUAAAAUUGGUGAAAGAUGCUGGUUUAAUCAUCUUCUGUUGGGGCGAUGAUAAUAACGAUAAGGAUACUAUUCGUCAUCUUAAAAAACUUGGCCUACAUGCGGUCAUAUAUGAUAAAAUUGAUGUAUAUAAUUCGAAAGAUGUUAAAGAAAGUAUAUUCUUAGUCGAUGCAAGGGAAAGCCAAAAGGCAUUAAUAGCUUUGGCUCAGUCUAGUCAAACGGCUAAUACAACACAAAAUACAAUUUCUGGUGGUCCGAUUAAUAUGGAUUAUAGCAAUGAAAAGGAAUAUCUUUUAAAUUUGGAAAAGACAAGAAAUUUAUUAUCGACAUCAACGGCAACAUCCGUUUCGUGCCUCAAUAAUAAAAGCAAUACCAGUGGGGAUAGUAUAUCUACGAUUAAAGUGCCAUCGUCUUGUCAAUCUUCAGAAAAUAAUGAUAUUAGUGAAAUUACCAAAGAUUUUAGCGUAUGUGCAAAAUCAUUUGGACACACGAACAAUACUAGAAAUAUUUCUGAUAUAAUGAGUGGUGGUCAGACCACAGCCUUACCCGAAGCCUAUGGAGAAGAUGAAUCAGCGAAGGAUUGCCUUUGAUGUUUCUCUUUUAAAAAUACUUUUGUUUCCUGGUUUUGAUGCAUCAAGGCAGCAUACUUGGAAUAGAAUUACCAUUAAAGGAACAAGAAAGAUAACGACAAUUUUAUGAAUAAUUUCGUAAUUAAUAUAUCAAUUUCCUACAAUGGUUGUAGUACAGAGGCUAAACCUUU